AUGCCCAGCUGCCGGAUGCUCUCCCGCCCAGAUCAGGACAUCUUAGGAUCUCCCAGCAUCCGACUCAGGAAAAUGACCAGCCUUCGCGGGCAUGGGGCUUGUUUCCUUGGCUUCGUCGAGAUCGAUGGCGUGGCUGCCCGCGGUCGCCCGCUGGAAGAGCCGCUCGCGUGGGUGCCAGGUGCCAGAUCCAGUACUGACCCUGCGUGUUUUCCUCCCCUGCAGUGUGGCGAUUUUGUGAAUGCCGGCGCCAAGGAGAUGAUGACGCCGUCGGACGUCAUUGCUGCUGCCGACAUCACCUUCUCCUGUGUGUCUGACCCACAGGUGGCAAAAAAUAUGGUAUUCGGAAAUUGUGGAGUGUUGCAAGAAAUGUCUGCUGACAAAGGCUAUGUGGAGAUGACUGGCAUUGACGCAGAGACCUCACAGGACAUUGCAGAGGCCAUAAGUGGGCGAGGAGGGCGUUACCUGGAAGCACAGGUACAGGGCAGCAAAGUGCAGGCGGAGGAGGGCACCUUAGUCAUCCUGGCAGCGGGCGACAGAACGCUCUUUGACGACUGCCAGAGCUGCUUCCAGGCCAUGGGAAAAAAUUCCUUCUACCUCGGUGAGGUGGGCAAUGCCAGCAAGAUGAAUUUGGUGCUCCAGGUGAUGGCAGGCGUCACGCUAGCUGGCCUGGCCGAGGGAAUGGCCCUGGCGGACAGGGCUGGGCUGCAGCAGAAGGAUGUGAUGGAGAUCAUGGAGCUCACCUCACUUGCAUGUCCACUCAUGAUCGAGAAGGGAAAAGCCAUCAUCGAAGGGGGCUUCCCAACACACCUGCCACUGCAGCACAUGCAGAAGGACCUUCGCCUAGGCAUGCUGAUGGGCGACACCUUGGAGCUGCCGCUGCCCCUCACUGCCGCCACCAACGAGGUCUUCAAGCAUGCCAAGCGGCUGGGCUAUGGGGAGCACGACGUCUCCAGUGUCUACAUACGCACGCGAUUCUAACCCAUAUUGGCCCCCGUGUGCUCACUCUUUUUUUUUUUUUUUUCUUUUUAAAUGUAUUUUUUCUUUUUUUAUGUCUUUUUCUGUUUUUGUUUGUAGAAGACGUAUGUGUCUUGAGGAAAGGAAGGGAGGAAGGAAGCAGGCAGAAGUAGGCAGGCAUCAGUAAAAAUUUGUGUGCACUAAAAACCUCCCUUCUAGCUUUCUCUCUCUCUGUCUCUGUCUCUCGUUAAGGGAGAGGUUAUAUUGUAGUAUUUGUUGUAAUUAAGGUUGUUUUUUAGCUUGUAUAAAGUAUAAGAAUGAGGAGAAAAAAAUGGAUAAAGAUAAGAAAGAAGAAAUUUUAUCAAAACACCUUUUCAUUUGUUGCAUUUAUGUACGGAGAUUUAUACAAAAUCACUUUUUCUUUUUUUUCUUUAAGUUUUUCAUAUUUCAUAUGUCUUUUUAAUUAUUUAUUUUUUUUACUGAGAGCACACUUUGUGUGUCUUUUUUGAUAAGGAAUGAGUAAUGUGGAACAGCAGUGCUCAGAAUUGGAUAAGUAUUUGCGAGGUUUUCAGUGCAGACUUUUGUUGUUGUUUAUUGAUGCUUGGGCUUUCGAGAAUGGAGUUUGUAUCAUUUCCUUGUUUUUAUCUAGAUUGUUAUUAUUAUUGUUAUUAUUAUUAUUAUCAUUAUUAUUAUUAUUAUUAUUAUUAUUAUUAUUAUUAUUAUUAUUAUUAUUAUUAUUAUUAUUAUUAUUAUUAUUAUUAUUAUUAUUAUUAUUAUACUCUUACUACAAUGGUUAUUAUUAUGUUUUUUUAUUAGUGUUAUUAUUAAUGUUGAUAUUGUUAUUUUUCACCAGAAUACUGAGAGCCUCAAGGAGCCAUUUUAUAGUGACUUGAAGCUGUUGAAUGCUUGGUCGUUGGUAUCCAAGAUAACUAUAAAUAGUAAAAGAACAUUAAGAAAACAUUUAGAUAAAAAAAAAUUAUU